AUGCCGCAUAUUCAGCUGCACCGAAGCAGCUGGGAUGCGCCUGCCGAUAUUGAAAAGCAAGGGGCAGACAAGCGGCGCGCAAGAAUAGCGCAAAGUCGAGGAGGUUUCCUCGCCGCAGAGCAUCAUGCUACCCAGGUGGAUCGGCAGCGGCAAGUCAACGAAAGGCAGCAGCAGCAGCCACAGACGCAGUAUGGGGGCUUAGAGGAGACUCUGGAGCAGCGAGCGGGCGAGCUAGAGGCCCUGCGCAGUCAAUCCCGUUUGAUGUGGUCGCACAGUCUGAACACCGCACGGCCGAAACAGCAGCAGCGGCUGCCUCAGCAGCAGCCGCAGUACCCCCCCGAGGUGUCUGGCAAGGAGACGCCCCUUUCCUACGACAUCCUGAAGCAACAAGUGGGGUCAAGGGAACGCGCGCUAGACGCAUCGCACCAGCGUCCUCUGGAGAAACGGGAAAGGCAGCAGAUGCCGCUGCAGCCGCGGCACCAGGAGCAGAGAAUGCGACAGCAGCAGCAGCAGCAUGAGGAGGAGGAGGAGCAGUCACGCGGACACUAUGAAGACGCCCUUGAGGCGCGGUCGUCGUCGUCGUCAGCGGAGCAACUCUCGUUGGGAAGGGAAGAAGAUCCUCUGCUCUAUCGCACACUCGAGCAGAGUCCCCUCUCGCUCAGCCUCAUGAGACGCCGGUCACGCCUAAUGUGGUCAUGCAGCCUGGAAGAUGCUUCUUCUCAGCAGCAACAACAACACCAACAUCCGCAAAGACGCAGCACCAUAGGUCACCUACGGCAUGCAAGCUACUUUGGAGCUGCCCACUCGGCGAACGCUCUGCAGAAAGCAGCGGCAGACACAGCUGCUGUCAACGCUGCCCACGCCGCUGCGGAUGCCGCAGCCGCAGCUGCAGCCGCAACACAAGCUCUAGCAGCAGCAACAGCAGCAGCAGCACCGCACCAAGAGACACCAGACUCAUUUCAGGGGCCUCAUACGCCCAGAGGCUUCGAGUGGUUGGCACCAGAAUCGCAAGCUCCCCGGCUACGUGACGUAGGACCCCCCGUAGAGCUCCCUCAAAGAGCUCCUUCUCUAAAGAUACACAUAGACAUAUGCACAGCGCCAUCAAAAUCAUGUCGUAAAAUCCUACAGCAGGAAGGACAUGCUGCUGGCCCUAGCGGGGGGAGCAAUGCGCAGACUCCCAUUGAGCACAGACUAGCGCUGCCACCCUUAAAAGGUGCAGCAGCAGUUUGUACAAAAGCGCUUGGCAGCCACCAAGCACAUCUUCAAGGCAGCAGAAGCAGCAGAAGCAGCAGCAGCAAUAGCAGAAGUAGCAGCAGCAACAGCAGAAGCAGCAGC